AUGUUUAUACAACUACUUAUUACAUUUUUAUUUUUAGGCAAAUCAAACAGAGACUUUCAACUGCUCUUACCCACUGAACCAGUAGAACACCUAAUCGAAGAUGAAUACGAUUAUGAUCAAUCAGAAGAACAAGAAAUUGCUAAUAGGAACAUUCCCCUUUUAAACCAAGAGCAACGACGUAGGAAGAUAAGAGAAAUAAUGAACAAUGACAUUCCACUUGGCGGCAAGAUUAUUAUAAUUCUAGGCGAUUUCAGGCAAUGCGCACCUAUCGUUCCAUUGGCCGGCAAAAAUGAAACUAUUUCUGCAUCAGUGAAAUGUUCCCAACUAUGGCAACACUUUGUUAAGUACGAUCUUCUUACGAACGUUAGAGCACUGCCACAGCAAAACGAGUUCAAAGAUUGGCUCAUGACCAUAGGAAAUAAUUCCGAAAUUUUACGUCACUUAGAAAAUGGCAGAGAUACUAUAGUCAAAGUUCCUAACCAUAUUAUUGUAGAAAAUGUUACUGAAAGCAUUUACGAUACCAGAUACCAGAAACCAGAUACCAGAUCCACAUACCAGAUAACAGAUACCAGAUACCAGACACCAGAUACCAGACACCAGACACCAGAUAUCAGAUACCAGAUACCAGACACCAGACACCAGAUACCAGAUACCAGAUACCAUACACCAGAUACUAGACACCAGAUACCAGAUACCAGAUACCUGAUACCAGAUACCAGAUACCAGACACCAGAUACCAGAUAA